GUCGCCAUGAGCAUCGGUUGGCACGUGAGUUUUAAUUUUCCGGUAACUUAAUAAUAAUUAUUUCAUAUUUUACAUGAAAAUUUAUUAAUCAUAAUGAGUAAAUAAUUAAGUCAGAUUAUGAUACCAAAUAUUUAAGUCAUUCGAAUGCAGAUGAAUAUCUUUAAUUAAGUGUAAAUAUACGUUUAAAAAAAGUCAUACGUUACUAGGUUAGUUGAUUAAAAAACUGGCAUUAUCUUGGCGGGAGAUUACUGUUUAUUAUUUGUUUUUUAUACUACUGUGACACACAGUGUAAUUAAAUGUGUUUGUUAAAUCAACAAACAGUUUAAAAAUUAUUUCAAGUUUUUUAUUUUGUUAUCCAACUAUGGAUGUUGAUUUGAAUUUAAUGAUAAAUUUCGUGCCAAUCGUCGCGACUAUUUUAGCACUCACGAUAGCAUUUCUCGUCGUUAUCCAAAGACUAAAGCAAAGAUGGCCAAAAAAACUUAACUGCUGGUUCUGCAACGUCAACUCAAAGAUUUCCAGAACGAAAACAGACUGGUGGAAGUGUCCUAAUUGUCAUCAGCACAAUGGGUUUUCAAAAGACGGUGAUUAUAAAUAUGACAUACCCGAGCAACGAAGUAAAUCAUUGAACAAUCCAGCAAAACAUUAUUCAUUGCCGAAUAAAAAUGAAGAAACAAGAAAAAAUAAUGGACUAUGCAAGAAUUGUAAUGCCAAUGAAGAACUUAAAGUCAUUGAGCUGCGUUCAAUUGAUCCAUUACGAUGGCGAGACUCAGAAAUCACAAGUUUUAAACAGAGUCUUGAUAAAAAGUAUCCGCUUUGCAAAAAAUGCAAUUCGUUUGUCAAAAAAGUUAUAAAUAAACAAGCUCAGUGGCUGACUCAGUAUAAAUUGCUUUUUUUUAAACAAAGAUCUGUGAAAAUUACAGUAAAUCACAAGACAAAAUUUGAAAAACUUUGUCGAAUUAUUUUAACACUUUUGAGCGCCGGUAUUAUUUAUUAUCCGAGUAAUCAACAAUUGUCAAUAAUUGGAGCAUUAUUACAACUUGUUACAGUAACGAGAGUUCAUAUUACUAAAAGAAAUUCUGAUUUAUUGUUAACAUUUAUAUGGGUUGGUAUUUGUAUAAUGAUGCCAUACAGUGAUACAAGAUUAUUAAAACUUAAGUUUAAAAUUAUACCGCUUAAUUUUGAGUACAUAACUGUUUAUCAAAUUAUUGCUGUUUUAUCAAGUAUUUUGGGUUUUAUCAAUAUAACAUCGAACAAUUCAUCAGCUGGAAAUGUAGAUGUAUCAUUUAAAAAACUAGAAUCGCCAAUAGCUAGCAUUGAUACUGUGCACAGAGAAUUAAACCAAGCUGGUUAUUGCGACAAAAAAACUAUUGAUACACCAGUUAGCCGUUCAAAUGGCUAUUGUGACAAUAAAAAUAAUAUUGAUGCACCGAUUAAUCGAUCGCCUGCAAAUACAACGCACUUAUUGAUGACGGAUACAUCUUUUGACUCACCAGAAACAAUAAAAGCGUCAAUGAAACCUUAUUUUAGAAUAUGUGAGAGUCAACGCAAUUCAAUACCGAAUGGGCUUAUGCAAAAAACUAUGUCCGACCCGAUAGAUAUCUCACCUAAACGUUCGCCAGAAUAUAAUCAUAAUCGUUUGGAAAAAUACACACUGAGUGAGAGCUUGAAAACUCUUAGCAAUUUAUCACUGGAUGGAAACCACAAGCAACAUUCUAAAAAUUCUCAAGUCUUUAAGACAAGAACUUACGGCACAUCUAGUCCAGAUUUAUUUCAGCGUAAUUACAAAAAAUCUCAACGUAAAUUCAUUCUAGCACCACCAAAACUUAAAUCUGUGACCCAAACAUCCUGGGUAGCCGGUGGAUACUGGCAAAUGGGUAUGGAUUCACCAACAUUGUCAAGAUCAUCAAGUCAAAGCUCAGGAUUCGGAUCUACUGGUUCAAACAUGGGGCCGUCACGAGAACCAUCUGUCCUGAAUGACGUCGACAGAUGCUCUGUAGUGUCUGACGUAGCGCCGUGCUACAGUGCUCAACGUCAAACCAGUGUCAGUCCCUCAAGUUCAUUUUGCCAACACACACCAACUUAUCGUGUAUCAACUCCAGACUUUGCUGGAUACAUUGGAACUCCUCACAGUCCACCGCCUAAUUUAAUAAUAACAACUCCCUGUAAUCAGUCAUUCCGACAAUCACCCUGUCACAAUUAUCACAUCAGCGACCAAUGUAUCAACAGUAGCAUGAAUUACAGCAUGAUUCAACAGACUCCACAAAUAUCAACGUGUAGUGCUUCUCAUUCUAUGAGCAUUUUAAAUAGCCCUAUUUGGCUACCAGCAUUGCUCUGUGGAUCUAUUGUUUUCAAUAUUAUUGUUUUUUGUACCGUAAUGUUACGCUAAAUUUAUUUUUAAUUGUCAUUUACCUUACAUUUGAAUAUAGAACGAUAUUUAUUUUUUUCACUGUUAAGUAAAAGGCCUAGUACUCGAUCACUCCAUCUAUUUGUAUAUCUAUAAUUAGUAAAUUUAGUAAAUCAAUAUAUAAAAAUAUAUGGAGUGAUCGGUUACUAGUUCUCUGGUCGGAUACUGGGUCUUAGUUUAUAGUAUUGUUUUCUUAUGGUAAUACUUACUGCCUACUCAAUUUAACUCAAUCACUGCCAAGUAAAUCAAGAUUUGAUUAGUACAUAAAAAAAAAUGAUAUAAUCUAUCAGAGUUAAGUGACUUUUAAGCCAAUUUAUAAAUAUCAAUAUUUAAAAAAGCAUAUAAAAGUAUCCCGAACAAUAUAUACAUAAAAUGCGUAUAACGCACUACACUCCGAAACUUGUGAUAAAAUAUUAUUCAUGUGUGUUCACUAGGAUACGUUAUUAAAUAUAAAUCACUCCAUUGUAUAGUAUAUAUAAUAAUAUACAUAAUAACUAUCCAUUAUUGAUCAUAUUGAUUUUUUUUGGUUGUUUAUAUUUUGUUAAUUAUUUAAAUAAUUUUUUAUUAUUUAACAAUGUUUAUUAAAAUUAUAUUUGUAAUUAUAUAUGUAUAUAUUUAGUAAACUAUGAACGUAUGAUCAAUAAUGGAUAAUUAAACUGAUACUGAUGGAGACUUUUACCUCUGUAAUGAAUAAUUAUGAUAUGGGUACUGGGUAGAAAUCCAUUCGAAUCAUGAUCAUAAUUGUUUUUAUUUUGUAAUUAAAAAAUGUGAAAAAAAAAUAAUGUUAACGUACAUGGGUAAUUAUAAUAGUUAAUAAUCAAUAUAAACAGUUGUGUUAAUAAUUAGUUACUAUUGUCUCAAUAACAAUUGAUUAAUAGAAAGUCGUGCCACUAUUGCAU